GUUGAAACUAAAACUUAAGCACAAAAAUUUCUGAUAAUCCCCGUGAUGACAAUAUACGGGUCUAGUAAUCAAUUAUGCAAUCGAUAUCCAGCGUGCUCUCGUAUCCAGCGCGCAAUGAAGUACACAACCUAUGGCCGUAAGCGGCAUCUCCGCAGUUCUAACUCCGGGUCGUUAAUUUGUCUAAGCUCCGGAGUUGAGAUCUGGCGCCAGACACGAUGGUUAGUGCCGGCAAUCGUUCGACCGGAUAGCGACCUGAUAGUUGCAAAGGUCGGUAUGACUCUUUUGAUGAGAAAUACACGUGGCAGCCAGUCGAUGUGUCUAACGUGUAUUUAAACUGAUAUCAGGGACUCACCACCCUGAUAGCUACAGCUUCAGACCCAGCGACCCCUGUGGAUAAAAGUCAAUACUUCUGUAAACAUUGUAGCCAUUGGAAAAUUGAGGCGCGUAACCUGUAAGAUGAAGUGGUUAAAAGCACCGCCAUUUUACGUAUGGGCCAGUCUGGCGGCAUCCAGCGUCUCUAUACUCUUUGGGUUUGUGACACCAUCGUAAUUGAUGUUUCCUCUUCGUGGGUUGAGAGAUUACUGACAAUCUUCCGAUAUAGCCUGGAUACGGGCAACAUUGGCCCUGUCACAACGAUGCCCGCCUUCCGCAAGACCUUUGGUGACUUUUCACCAACCGUUCAUGGAGUUGUCGUUUCAUCUGUACUCAUUUCCGGCGCCUUUACGGCUCUCAUCGCCGGCAUCCUUGGCCACCGCUUCGGCCAGGUCCGCAUCUUCGCCAUAGGGUCCUUCAUCUAUGGCGUUGGAGCAGCCAUCCAGUCUUCCGCUACAUCGCUGAGCGCCUUCAUCAUUGGGCGACUUAUCCAAGGCAUAGGUGAGGGCCUGUUUGUGAGCAAUGUAUGGGUGCAGGUUUCAGAAAUGUCCCCGACCAGAGUCAGGGGCACGUUGACAGCACUUCCGCAGUUCACAAUCGUUUUGGGUUUGGUUUGUGGCUUCUUCAUCUGCUACGGCACUUCACGUCUGGGUGCAUCGACAACGCUUAGCUGGCGACUUCCGCUGGUCGUCUCAUCGGCCCUCGGCUUUCUGCUAUCGGGAACGUACUGGUUUGUCCCUGCUUCUCCGCGCUGGUUGCUGGCCAGAGGUCGAUUCACUGAGGCGCGCGAUGUUCUCAUUCGCCUUGGCUUUGAUGAGGUUGAGCGUGAAAAGCUGCUGGAGGAGUCCAUGACCCAAGUACAGGCUCAUAACCCCCAUGAUGUAGCAAUUUGGGAAGAGUUCAAACAGACAUUUGCAGGAUUCAGGGAAGCCUUCUCAGCUCCCUUCCGUGCUCGAACCAUUUUUGGCUGUUUCAUUAUGGGCAUGCAGCAGCUGGCGGGGAUUGAUGGCGUCUUUUAUUAUGCCCCGAUUCUCUUCGAAAAGGCCGGUCUUAGUGGCGAACAGGCGUCGUUCUUGGCUUCUGGCGUUUCUGCACUGGCUAUUCUCGGAAUUACAAUCCCGGCUACCUUCCUGGCAGACAAAUGGGGCCGAAGGACUUCCAGUCUCUUAGGCGGUGUCCUGAUUACCACGCUGAUGCUGUUGAUGGGGUCUUUGUAUGCGGCCGACAAAGUUCAUGCGGAUAGAGGAGCCGGCAAGUGGGUGGUGAUUGUGUCCAUCUAUCUGUUCGCCAUAGUAUUCAACGGAACUUGGGCAAUUGGCUUCCGAAUCUUCUUGAUUGAGAGUUUGCCUAGAAAGACCAGGAGCAGCGCGUCAAGUCUUGCUCAGAGUGCCAAUUGGGUAUGUAACUGAAGAGUCUCAGUUAGUUUGCCGUGAAAAAAAAGCUAAUGGAUACAGUUCUCGAAUUAUGUUGUCGCACUCAUCACGCCGGUGCUCAUUUCGAAGACGACGUAUGGAGCCUACUAUCUCUUUGCGUUUUCGUCACUCUUCACCACAGUCGUUGUGGCAUUGCGUAUGUUUGAGACGAGAGGGCAUAGCCUGGAAGAGAUUGAGCAGCGAUAUACUCAAAGCAGAAGUAUCUCAACUGGCGUGUCCAUGCCAAUGUUGAGGAUAAGGCGAGUCCAAGCCACACAGUGAUUGAGAAUGGGGAUGAUAGGAGCUGUUGGUAUUCCAUCCAUUGAAAGUCAAAAGUUGUGAUUAGCGAGCGAAACACGUCAUUACUAUAUAGAAUAACUCAUAAUUUAACAAAAUC